GAAUUUUCGUCGUGCAUCGGCGUCACACGCCUAGUCUCUAUAUCCCCGCCCGGCCUCAAGCAUGGUACUCUGACGCGGAUGUUAAACGACACAAGCACUUCCAUCCUGACGAUAGGAAGGGCCCUACCAUGGACAUCCGAGGCCCUCCCGUACGAUACCCAUCUGCACCCAGCGUGAGCAUCUCGACGAGCGACGUUGUUCUGCUCCGAAGCCCCCCGUCACCAGUGUCGGCAGGGAGCGACUCGACGACACUAAGAAACCCGUCCGACUGCGACCCCCCGAGUCCUCGACAGCCACCGGCUUACGGAGCUGAAGGCGCGCCGCCGCAGUACCAGGAGGAGCUUGUAUCGGGGGCAAAAAGCAAGGCAAAGCGGCGGAAGACGUUGCUAGUCCGGCUUCUCACAUCGAUCUUCAUCACAGUCCUUGUAUCGCUCAUCGUCGCGGCGGUGGUGGGAAGGAUACAUGACAGACAAAACAACAACGACGAUGCCGCGCAAAACACGUCAUCGACAGCGACGCAAAGCGUCGCACGAUUCACCAUGUCGAGCGAUCCGACGACCUUGCCAGAGUCGGCGAUGCCUUUGAGCACAACUGCGGCUGCGACGGCGGCCCCGACCACGUUUUCCACAGUGACGACGACGCGCAGCGUGGCAGCUCCAAAUCCGACGUUGCCUCCUCUGACGACAGUCGACUGUGCGUCCCUGGCUCGCCUGAGUGGCGCGACACCCGUAACAAGCAUCCAACAGACGCCCACAGCGCGAGAUCGCAAGAUACAAGUCACCGAGGCCGCACAGCCUAGCGACGAUGGAUCCGAAAUGACGGGGGUGUCUAUAUACGAGUACGGCGGGUGCCUCUGGGCAAAGGCUUCGUACAAGUUUGGUGUUGGAGACAGUCUGGCGUACCGGUGCACCGUGGCUUGUCCUCCAGAGAAACGUGAUGGACAGGGGGCGAGCGGAGUGGAAUUUUAAUGACGACUGGCAUCUAGUAUAAGGCGAUUAUGACACGAUACACGUGCCUGUAGGCUAUAUAAAGGC